AACCCACCCCGCUGUGCUCUAGAUAGGUUUUAGAAGCUCUACGAUACCCAUAUCGCCUCAGAGACAGCCGCCGCUCUUUGUUGUUUGAAUCUCUUUUCGUUGCUUUCGGGUCUUCUACUACUACGACUACGACUUCUUCCCUAACUCGCGCGCAGCCAUGCCUUUCAACACGGCGCUCACGCGCAAGCUGGGCAUUACAGUGCCCGUCGUGCAAGGCGGCAUGCAAUGGGUGGGCUACGCCGAGCUGGCCAGCGCCGUCAGCAACGCCGGCGGACUGGGAAUCCUCACCGCGCUCACGCAACCCACACCCGAAGCCCUGCGCCAAGAGAUCCGGCGCUGCCGCACCAUGACAUCGCGGCCGUUCGGCGUCAACGUGACGCUGCUGCCAGCGCUCGUGCCGCCAGACUACGGCGCGUAUGCGCGGGUCAUCAUCGAAGAAGGGGUCAAGAUCGUCGAGACAGCAGGCAACAGUCCCGGGCCAGUGAUUGCGCAGCUCAAAGCCGCAAACAUCACCAUCCUGCACAAGUGCACGACGGUGCGGCACGCGCUCAGCGCCGUCAAGCUCGGCGUCGACUUCCUCUCCAUCGACGGCUUCGAGUGCGCCGGCCACGUCGGCGAGUCCGACAUCACAAACUUCAUCCUGCUGUCGCGCGCGCGCCAGUCCCUCGCCGGCGUGCCGUUUAUCGCCAGCGGCGGCUUUGCCGACGGUCAGGGCUUGGCUGCUGCGCUGAGUCUGGGCGCUUGUGGCAUUAAUAUGGGCACUAGGUUUAUGUGCACGGUCGAGGCGCCCAUCCAUCGCAAGAUCAAGGAGACGAUUGUCGCGGCCCAGGAAACGGAUACCGAACUUGUGCUGCGUCGCUGGAAGAAUACCAGUAGGCUGUUUAGCAAUAAAGUCGCGCGUGAAGCCGUCAAGAUCGAGAAGGAGAGCAAGGAGGGCAAGUUCGAGGAGGUGGCGCCCUACGUCAGCGGCAAGCGCGGGCGCGAGGUUUUCCUGAACGGCGACAAGGACUACGGCGUCUGGACAGCUGGCCAAGUAAUCGGCCUCAUCCACGACAUCCCCACCUGCGAAGCGCUGCUCCGCCGCAUCGAGCUCGAAGCCGCCGCCACGAUGAAGGCGACCGCCGCGCUGCUGGUCGACGAGGUCCCGCGGGACGAGGAGCGCCAGGUCCAGCAUGGCGGGAAGGAGGGCAGGGAGGUGAAGAGCGAACGGAAUCCUGGGGCUGAGUUGUGGGGCGUGGAGGGGAGGGGACGGAGUAAGCUUUAGAUGGGGGGUUGGGGAGAGCGUGGGGGUUAGAGGUUGAGGUUUGAUAUCUGUGGGGCGUGUGGGUUUGGGCGCUUUGUGAAGCUAUGCGGAAGUAUAUAGAGAGU